AUGUCUCCGAUGCUUAUUGCUCCGAAGGGAGGUGCUAAAACUGCUCAAACUAUGUACGCGGAGGCGGUGUGCGCCCCGGCCGUGUGCAACAGCAGCACCUUGCUGGUGUACCAGCGGUGGCCGGGCGGCGCGAGCGUCUUCUUCCUGUGCGUGGACGAGCGGCCCGAGCACGCCUACGUGGCGGACUGCGGCGCCGACAGCGCCAUCUCGCCGGACGGCGUGUGCAGCCUGGCCUGCCUGCGCGAGGGCCGCCUGCCCGACGCCUCCAGGCCGCAGGGCUACUUCGAGUGCGUGCGGACGGCCGGCGGCUUCGGCAGCCCCGUGCCCGCCACCUGCCCGCCGGGCACCGCCUUCCACGCCGCCUCGCAGCGCUGCGUCGGCGCCGCCACCAAUGACGACGACGGCGAUCACCCCGAGGAGGACCUGUACGCGCCAAGUGCCUCGGAGUCGGAGUCCCUGUACAUGCUCCCAGCCUUUUACAGGAUCGGCGUGGCCUCCGCCGCCCACCAAAUCGAAGGGGCAUGGAGCGAGGAAUGGAGGUCCGCCACUGUCUGGAACGUCGGCGACGUGGCGCACGACGUGCAGCUACUCAAGGAGCUCGGCGUCAACAUGUACCGCUUCCCCCUGGCCUGGAGCAGGCUGCUGCCAAGGGGCAGCCAGGAGGAGGGCUACGACGCGGAGGCUCUGGACUACUACAACAACCUCAUCGAUGAGCUGAUCGCGAAUAACAUUGAGCCUGUAGUCACCAUUCACCACCGGGACAUCCCGCAAAUGUACCUGGACGACGGCGGCUGGUUCACGGAAGCCAUCCAGGACCGCUUCGUUGACUUCGCCGACUUGGCCUUCAUGUCUUUUGGCGACAGGGUGUCGAGUUGCACGAAACUAAAGCGCGGCCGCCCUGCGCAGGUCAAGAUGUGGGUGCUCCUGGACUCGCCCCAGGCUCACUGCAUGGAAGCGUACGAAGGGGUGGAGAGCGCCCCCGGCCUCGGCCUAGAGGGCACUGGCGGCUACGGCUGCGUCCACAACAUGAUCCUGGCCCACGCCAUGGCCUACCAUCUGUACAACAACACCUACAAAAUGAUCCAAGGAGGCAAAGUGGGCAGCGCGCUCGACCUCCAGUUCCAAAUGCCGGCUUCGAACAGCCGCGAGGACGCGGAGGCUGCCGAGAGGGCCAACGUCUUCACCUUCGCCUGGUUCGCGGACCCGGUCAUGGUGGGCGACUACCCGGCCGCCAUGCGGGACGUCGUGGACAGGAACAGCUUCGGCAACGGCCUCGCCGCGUCCCGGCUGCCCGUCUUCACCGCCGCGGAGAAGGCGCUCAUCUCCGGCACCAUGGACUUCAUCGGGCUGAACCACUACACCACGAGCCUGACGAGGCCCGGCACCGCCGCCGGCCUCGUCGCUUCCAUCUACAACGACACCAACGCGGUCUCGCACUCGAGGGCCUCGUGGCUGCGCACCGCGCGCGACGGCUUCGUGGUGGCUCCGUGGGGCUUCAGGGCUGCGCUCAACUGGAUCAAGGACAGGUUCAACAACUUCCCCGUGCUAGUCACCGCGAACGGCUACUUCGGCCGCCGCGACGAAGAAUGCCACGACCCUGACCGAGAGGGCUACCAUAGCGUGUACAUGCGGGCCCUGGCCAGAGCUGUCAACGAAGACGCUUGCAACGUCGUCGGCUACAUGGCUUGGAGCCUGAAGGACGGUUACAACCUGAAGACCGGCCUGGCGUACGUCAACCUCAGCGACCCCGAGCGGCCCGGGACGCUCAAGCAGUCAGCGCGGUUCAUCCAGGACGUGACGCGAACCAUGUACGCUCGUUACGUCCAACCCGUGUAGCCAUCCUUCAGUAAACUCUUUCUGUCACAACUUUCCGGAAAAAAAAAUAGG